GCUGUUUGGUGUCAUGCCCGGCUUUACUGCUGUUGCUGAGUGGUCGGGCUUUCGUCAGUUUUGACAGAGGGGCAGCAUGAGACACUUCUCUGCGCGGAUCAUGCAAGCAUGGGAAUAUUUGGAGGGAAAGUCCAUUUGACAGCUCACUCGCAGAAAAGAGACAUGUGGAGGACUCUCACACUUUCGCUGACAGUUGCACUGGUGAUGGGCACAGAGGAUGACGUCACGACCCAGGUGUCCCAGUCCGAGCACGUGGGGCUCGGGGCGGCCGCUGAAAAAGCAGUGCACGGGCAGCAGGAGAAUUUCAGCGACACAUCCACUGUGCUGGGGAAGUCCCAGCACCAGAUCCUGGCCGCGCAGUACGAGUGUUACCUGAAGAUCAUCUACGAUCCGCCACGUGCAGAAGAAGGCAAUUACUGUAACCGUACGUGGGACGGCUGGCUGUGCUGGGGGGAUUCGGCCCCGGGGACCGCCAUGCAGAUGUGUCCUGAGUACUUUCAAGACUUUGACCCAACUGAGAAGGUCACCAAAGUGUGCAAUGCCGAUGGCCAGUGGUUCCAUCACCCAGAGAGCAACCGAGUUUGGACGAACUACACCCAGUGUCAGGCCUACACCAAAGACAAGCUCAAGUUUGCCAUCAGUCUCUACUACCUGGCCAUGGUGGGCCAUGGUCUGUCCAUCGUCUCCCUCAUCAUCUGUCUGAUCAUCUUCUCCUACUUCAAGAGUCUCAGCUGCCAGAGAAUCUCCCUCCACAAGAACAUGUUUCUCUCCUUCAUCUUGAACUCCAUCGUCACCAUGAUAUGGCUCUCGCUCACCGCGGCCAACAACCAAGCCUCUAACGCCAGCAACCCCGUGAGCUGUAAGGUCCUGGCUGUGCUGACGCAGUACGCGUCUACUUCCAAUUACUUCUGGAUGCUGUGUGAAGGCAUCUACCUCCACACGCUCAUCAUAGUGGCCGUGUUUGUCGGGGAGCAGCAGCUCUUCUGGUACUACGUCCUGGGAUGGGGUUUUCCCAUUGUUCCCGCCGUAACGUAUGCUGUGGCUCGUGGGCUCUACUUCAAUGACAAGUGUUGGAUCAGCUCACACACUCAGCUGCUCUACAUCAUCCAUGGGCCCAUUCAGGCCGCGCUGUUUGUGAACUUUUUGUUCCUCCUCAACAUCAUCCGAGUUCUGAUCACCAAGCUGAAGGAGACCCACUGCGCUGAGUCCACAGCCUACAUGAAGGCGGUCAGAGCCACCCUCAUCCUCAUCCCGCUGCUGGGAGUCCAGUACAUCCUGUACCCCCGGAUGCCAGAGGGACGCAUCAACUGUGCCAUCUAUGAAUUCUUUAUAAAUAUCUUCAGCCACUUCCAGGGACUCCUGGUGGCAAUUAUAUUCUGUUUCUGCAAUGCGGAGGCCCAGGGAGCGCUGCGGAGGAAGUGGGCUCAGCGGAGGUUCGCCUGGGGCAAAGCCGGCUGGGGAGACGCGCCCACUUCCAACAACCACUUCAACUACCACACCAACUCCUCCAUCACGGAAACGAGCCGCGCCACCAUCAACCUGGAGCAGCCUGCCGCCGCGCCCUCGCAGCAGACGGACAACAGCUUCUCCCUGUCCGAGGUGCAGCCGAAAGCCAACGGGCAGAGGAAGAACGCCAACACUUGCAGCAACGGGGAGGUGGACAUGCUCAACAACCUGGAGACCACCGACAUCUGACAUCGGGGGCAACGCGCGGGGGUGGCGCCGGAAGACUGACGUCGCAGGAAACAAGAGAGGCUUGCGGGUUUUAUUUUCAAAAUAAAGGUUAGCAGAUCGGUGGGUGUAUGUCUGGACAAAAUUUCUGAAGAGCACUUGUGGUGUUAACACACACAUACACACAUUUUUACAGUCUCCAGUUUUUGGACUUGCGAGAACUGAUGAAUGAAUCCAUUUAUAUCAUGGUGUCCUUCUAUAAUCCUAGUAUAAUAAUGUGGUCUGUUGCUGGAUUUAAGUCAAUUUAUGUAUUUACAGUAAAUUCCUUUUUUCUGCUAGUUUUUUUUUUUUUAUAACAGAAUGGAGAAUCCUGCCGUCUUUAUGCAUGUGAAAUUCCGUUGCCUUAUGAAGCCUCUGAAGGCUUCACCCAUACGCCACCGUGACCAAUGAAUGUCAUGGCCCCCUCUGACGUUAUCACACGCACACUUUCACAGGCCGCUAUCCAAGAAAGAUAAUCAUCAUCAUCUUUGGUCAGUGGAAAGCCAGCGAACCCCUAUUUCAGCAAUUUUUUUCAGAGAAUUAAAAAACCACAGCACACUGGGGGAAUCCCUGUGGGAACUGGGUGGAACACAACGAAAGCAACACAGUAUUAGUUUCCCGAUCCAUAUUUUCUGCUGACAUGAAAUACUUUCUGCUACAAACAGUGUGUAACAGAAAAACCAAGUUACCACGGCAGCUUAGGCAAAAGAGCCCGACUUACUACAGUGGGAUAACACUAAAUACUGAAUCUGUUCAAUAAAACCAAGCGCGAGGAGAUGAGGCAAGGAGAUGCAAGUGUGAGAAAGUGUGAGGCUUGUUAGGCUCAGGUUGUUAGACCUGUUAGGAGAGGAGAUACUUUCAGAAGAGGUGAGUCAUCAAGAGAUUCUUGAAUAGAGGGGGACGCGGAGCGCUGCUCUGACAGCAUUUGGCAGCUGGUUCCACCGUUACAGACCCCACUCCUCGGCGGAACCGAGGGGCCUCAAAGGAGCGUAAGCCCGUAUGAUUGAGUUCCGGAGGAUGGGCGCAGACGCAAUUGUCUCUCUGCAGGCAAGCGUAAGUGCUCGGAGUUUGAUGCGGGCCGGCCGUGAGUAGCCAGCGGAGGCGGACGGGUGGUUGGAGGGAACGCGAGGCGGGAAAGGACGGGCAUCGUUGGGCGCUGCCUGUGCAGCAGUGACGUCGGAAAGCCAUCAGAGCGAACAAUCGGACAAGAGAAGGGGGUGUAUGUUGCAGGGAGAUGGGACCCCAGCACCAAGCCCGAGGGCCCCUACCCCUGUAGGGAGGCGAUCUGACAUGGACGUUUUGUCCUUGCUGCAAGAAUCUUAAAAUACGUGUGGUGGGAUCCAAACCAAAAAUAUGCACUUUGCCUGAGAUGCAAAUAUCAGAGGGUACAGGCAGCCGGUUGCGGGGGUCUACACCUGUUGAAGGCUGCCGAGAACCGUCGUUUCAGUUGUCCGGCCGCUCUUGUGGCAUGGCUGAUUAGGAUCCUGGAGGUUGCUCCGCGAGAGCCUUAGAUAAUAACGGGAGGAACAAGACCCACUGAUCGUCCUUCACUUGAGCAAGGGCCAAGGCCUUUUUGAGCAGAGGUGUUUACCGAAGCCUGUCAACAUACCGCAGGAAAAAAUGCUCCCAAAGCCGGCGAAGCGUUUAUCAGAAGUGUGACUGCUGGCCCAAUGUUUUGAAACCUUGUCCUCAGUAAGAAGUGAGUGAGGGGAGAGCUUUGCCCUUGACUUGGGGGAGACGGAGAAGUACAUGUAGUAGGACUCCUACGUGUUAGGCUUCAUGGGGCCGUUCAGUUGGAGGCGGUGGAUGAUUGGGUCAUUUUAAAACCCUAUCCCCAUCUAUUUGGUGACGUAACCAUAGCUCUGCAAUUAAAAGAUAUUCAGUUAGUUCAGCGAGAUGUUCCAUAUAACAAGAUUAGACAGCAGCUAUAUCAUUAAUGCUCAAGGUAGCUACUUGAGCAGAGCAGGAGUAACUGUUGUCCUGCGGCCGGGUUAAGGUUUUAAAUUUAACUGUCACCUAUAUAGAAACAGAGAUACAAUUAUACAGGUGACGUCGGGGCUUUGAGUGUGAUAUGUAAAAAGUCGGAUCGAAGUUUAUUUUCUGAAACAAACUAGGGACAAAAGGGAGAAUCUUUCCUCCCCCUCGGUAUUCCGUGAAAAUUAUCCAAAGUAGUUUUGGGGGCUUUCAUGGCGCUUUAUGUUUUUUGGGUAAAUCAAAGCUUAAAAUGAAGGCAUCGCAACAUCUCUCUGACCGUUUCCUGGCCAACCUGAAAACGUUCAACCUUUUCUUUUUUGCUGUGACCGUUGUUCUUUGUCACUGUAAAGCGCUCACAUUGAAAAAUUCAUUUUCCAUAUUCUUUUGUUGUCGCACGUAAACGUUCAGUUUCCGGACGCCGGACAGAAGGGAAAUGUUCAGCGACACGUCAUCACUGUAGAACUUUACGACCGCCAUGGUUGCUUCGAGGAAUCCUCAGUGUGCGUCUGUCUAUUCACGGCCGAUAUACAGAACGUGAAAUGGUCUGUGUUGAAAGGGCUCCUAAAUUUGAAUGCUUUGUGCACAUAGCCUUGAGUAUCAGUGACAUUUUUUCCAAUGCACCAAACAUGCAGGUGAAGUAGUAAAAUCUAAGCCUGGUUUACUUCCUAGAUUGUGUUUCUUACAUUAAUGGUUUGACUCUUAAGCCGAACUUGACGUCGUGUGUGGAACUGAGCAUGCGAGCUUCUGUGUGCACUUGUGCUUUACACAAAAUGCCUCCAAUUUAAAUAGAAUUUGUGACACGUUCACUUCAGUUUUUCUAAGUUACAUUUAUCGUAAUAUAACAACAGACAACGGAUUUGCUUUAAUAUACUGAAAAUGUUUCUCUAAAAACAUUUUUCUCUUCAUUUUUUAUUUUAUUUUUCUAUGUUUUGUUCGCUGCACUGAAGUCAACAUAUAGGAAGGAGACAAUGUCAAGGAUUUGUCAUGUCUUCGUCAUGAUAAUGUACCUGUUGCUUUACAAAGUUCUAUAUUAUAACUGUUGUGGCUGUUUUACUGUUUCUAAUAGUUUGUAUAAUUGUUAAUAAAACACACGAAGCAAAA